AUGCUCUUCCCCAAGAAAAAGCAUUCCGGAAACCUUGCCGUGGUGGAAUUGCCGAAGGAAGCCCUCCAAGAUUCUUUGACUGCUGCUCAGAUUACUUUCAAGAGAUACACCCACCCCAAUGGUAGAGCCGGUAGUACAGAGAGGCCAGGUCACUUAAAGGUUGAAUCUGCACCUGUGCUUAAAUCCGAGGUUUCCUCACCGAGGAUGAGACAACCUGAACCGAGAAGUAUAAAUCAUCAGUACUCUAGGGAAACGCUUUCCGGUCAUUCUGAAGCCGUUUCCGUACCGACAACUCCUUUGGGGACGAUUCAUUAUGAUACAAGGAAUAGAGCGUCAAAUUCGCCAAGUAGCAUAGCAGCUGCAGAGGCAGCUGCUUACUUGGCCCACACAAAUUCAUUUAGUAACAGACCAUCCGGUAUCGGCAGCCGGGAUUCGGUUAUGGAUGUUGAAACAAAACCGCCACGUGCUCCUUCAGCUUUGAAAAAUGAGCUGCAAUUGAACAGAAUGAGAUUACCUCCCCCACCAUAUGACAACACUGUUCGUUCACGAUCUAUUUCUCCACAAGUGUCCUACUCUACCUCACUGUCAUCAUCGUGUUCCAUAAGUUCCGAUGGAGAAGAAACUUCUUAUAAAGAACGAAGCACUGAUGAGAUAUUCCCUCCAGAACCUUCCAUUUCUUCUUAUAGCCUCGCAUCCAAAGCCUCUGCUAAGGCCUCUCAGGCAGACGCCUCACAGCGGCAGCAAGAGUCAGACUAUACAGCAAUGAAUAAACUCAAUGGCGGAAAUAUAAUAUAUAAGGGUACUCUACCCGAUCUGAUACCGCGAAGCCAAAGGAAGGCAAGCAAACCAAGGUUCAAGCGCAAACUUCUACGAUCGCUUGAUGACAAUGGCCAGCAACAAGAAAAUUUAUCACGUGUAUAUUCGGACCAGAAGCAAAAUGGUAGGGCCAUUAUAAACACGCAGCAAAAUGUAAAGCUAAAGACAACUAUGAGGCGUGGCAAGUAUGCAAUAACAGAAAAUGAUGAAACGUUCCCCUACGACAGAAAGUCAGUAUCAUCAGAUUCAGACACGGACGAAGAUUCUAAUAUAAUGGAGGUCAAGGACAAGAAGAAGAAAAGCCGCCGUUCCAAGAUAAAAAAGGGUUUGAAAACAACAGCAGCCGUAGUUGGGAGUAGUACCUCUGUACUUCCAUUCCCCCAUCAUCAUCACCACCAUCAUCAACUCCAUAACCCAAAUUCUCAUCAUUUGCACGCACAUCAUUAUACAAACCCUCACAAAUUCAAUGAAGAUAAACCGUGGAAAUCUCAUAGAGAUCUCGGGUUUAUUACUGAACAGGAAAGAAAAAGAUACGAGUCCAUGUGGGUGUCAAACAGGUACUCAUAUUUGCGCUUGCUGCCGUGGUGGCCCUCUCUCACGAAUGAAGACGACGAGUCUCGCCCACAGCCGUUAAAUUUACCACAAGACGGCUUGAUGCUAAAUUUAGUCGUGAAAGAUAUAUGGUAUCGAUCGAAUCUGCCCACGGACCUUCUAGUACAAAUAUACAAUAUGGUGGACACAAGAAAAGAUGGUACUUUGGACAGAAAAUCAUUCAUAGUGGGCAUGUGGCUAGUCGAUCAAUGCCUCUAUGGCCGAAAGCUGACCAAUGAACUGGACCAAAGAGUUUGGAAUAGCGUUGACGGCUAUGUUCUGGGUACGAUUAACGUGAAACCUUCCAUCCCUGACCCUUAUCACAAUGCUAAUAACCCGAUAGAUAAGCCGUCAAAGCUUUCAGUACGGCAGGAACUGAAAAACAUCAAACGCGAUCUCCGCAAUGUCAGAAUAUGA